AUGUCCGAUAAUCGCCCAAAACGCGUCCGAAAAGCCGUCGAGAAGUUCGAAUUCGAUCACAAAGAUGCCUCAGAAAUAGCUCACUGCUUCUUCCCAAUCACUUUCCAAGCAUACAAUUCGAUUUCAGACUCUCCACGCCAAUCGGUCCAAAAUGUCCCAACAAUGACAACUUCCAUCGGAAGUUCUUCCCAUGGAAUCACCUCCACAAGUCAACCUGCCGCCAAGAAGGUUCAAAAGGUUUUAAGAAAAAGCUCAUCUACGGCUCCGGUCGCACCACCGCCCAUCUCAGCACUUCUUCAGAAUCCAAAGGACACCCCUCUUCAAUCGGUCACCAACCUUCCAACAACGAGCUCUUCCAUCCCAUCUGCUCCACGUGGAAUCGCUUCAACAAAUCAACCUGCCACCAAGAAACCCAAGAAGGAGGAGAACGGGAGCUCAGAAGCUGAUAUCAUAACACUAUCGGACGGCGAGAGCGAUAAAUGUCCAUCGAUUGAUAUUUCUGCUACUCAAAAGCGGAAAACCCCUUCUUCAGCUACCCAACUUCCAAAAACAGUUACUCCGGGAUUCAAAAGCGCUGCUGACAGCUGCUCCACAUCUUCAGUGUCAUCGGUUCAAAAUGGUUCAAGAAAGAGCUCAGCUGUAGCUCUCUCACCACCGUCCAGCUCGGAACCUCUUCAGUAUAUAAAGGGCCAUCGCCCUAAAGUCAUCAAAACUGAAUUUAUCGCGGGAGGCAACGUGGAAACCAAAGGAUCUCCAAGCAACUUCAGUGGCCUUGGAGAGAUCAAAGUCCAACCGAGACGUAUGGUAUUCAAUGCGCCAUACAUUUUCAGCCAAGAGAAUAGGAUUAUGAUCUCAAACGAGUCGAAUCGUCAUCUCGCAUUCAGAAUCACCAUGUCAAAUCCACAUAGACAUUUUGCCCAAGACGAGACUGGAAUCAUCAGACCACUGGAGAACUUCCAUACAUUUGUCACCUGUGCCAGUUUUGGAUUCGAUCAAAAUGUCAUUGAGAAUCACCAAAUCAUCAUCCAAUGGACAAAUGUCCCACGUGGAGUCAAGGAAUUCAGUCACGAUUGGUUUGAAGGAGAUGGAAUUGUUGGGAGAAUGACCAUCCAAGUGAAGUACAGCCAUUGA